GGGAACCAUCGCGUGCCGUCAGGUGGACACGGUCUCGGUCGCAAACUUGAAUCUACGUCAACGCCGUCUGCUAGCAUUAUGGCGGCCAAAGGCGAUGUUGACAUGACAGACGCGACAACCAAAACACAAGAUCCAAACGACUACGUGGACUUGCUACAAACAAACCACAGCGGCGCGUUCGCGUUUUCAGAUACCGAGAAGCUAGCCCUACAGCUCUACGAUCAGCUCAAGGAACUUGAGUUGCAGCAAAGCCUGCUACAAGCACAACAAUCAGUACACGCGCAUGACUUUUCAGCACUUCCAGAUGACCUACUGGAGGAGCGCCUGACUAUUGCGCAGCGCGAAGCUAUGGAAGCGAGGGCAGAGUACGAGAUAAGGAACAAAAUCACACACAACGUGCUGGUAAUGGACCCCGUUCUGAAAGCUGUUCAUGGCGGCGAACAGACUCCAUUCGCCGAGAAGCGCAUACUGCCGCUGGUGACCGAGAACGAUGCUGUUUGCAUGGUCCAUGGCUCACUGACGUCGAAGCUUGCUUCUGCAAAUAAGUCUCUGAGUGUGGCCGAACAGAACAAUAUUGUCGCAAAUCAAAAGAACCGAGAGCUCGCGCAAACCAUGCUUGCUCUGGCCGAAGAAAUGAAGGCGCAGUCGGUGCAGGACAUUGAAGAUCCGCAAUUACGUCAACGAGUCGAUGCGGUCGAUAAGGAGCUCAAGGACUCGCGACGGAGGGUUACGACCUUGAAAGGUAUAUUAUCAGCCAUGAUCGUGGGUAGCGGGAUCAACUGGGCUGCGGACGAGGGUCUGACGGAGCUCGUCAUGGAGGAUGAGGACGAUUGAGUGCCAUCCACCCUUUCGUCUACUGCUGCGACUACGAAUGGGACCGAACUGUAUCUGAGAGCAGCCGUAUGUACACAUAUAAUGAUUUGUUGCUGUGG